AUGAUAAACUUCAUUAUUCCCAAUGACACUUGGGUUAAGAUCUACAAUUUCCUUCAUCCACAACUGCUCGAAGUCUACACAAAUCAGUGUCAAUCAAAUCUGGCACUGAUGCGACUUGAGCCGGAUGUCACUAGAGGAAUAACCUAUGGUCUCGUCGGGAUCAUCUACGAAUGCCUCUACUUUUUAUGCAUGAUCGCGAUGUGUCAAUGGAAAUUCUUGAAAAUCAUUUGCUAUCGAAUACUCUUCGUUAUCGGCAUCUUUGAUAUGUUGGGACUGGUGGCGAGUUCGUUGCUACCAGGAUAUUUAUUGAUUACUGGCCGAUCUUUUUGCCAAAGUCCACUACUGAAUCUCUUUGUUGGAUCGAUGGCGUUUCCUGGUUGGGCCGUCUAUAGUGGGCUGAGCAUCUCACUUGCCAUAAAUCGUUGUGUUGACUUCAUGUGGUCGAAUAAACAAGAGAAAAUAUUCGGUGGAAAGAUGAUGAUCUUGUGGACAGGAAUCCCGGUCGCAUACGGAUUGAUACUCUAUUUGAAACUUUCUCCAAUGCUAUAUCAUGUUCCAACGGCUAGCUAUUAUUUUGGAGCCGAUCCAGCCAAAGCACAGGCUCCAAUCAUUUAUCCGAUCAACAAUGGCGCGGUGGCGGUGCUGAUCCUUCUAUUGAACCUCGCGAUGCUAUGGGGGAUGUUCAGAAUGAAUCAUAGGACAAUGACAAAAACACAGCGAGCGAUAAUGAUUCAAUGUCUUGGCAUCAGUAUGUCCGUUCUGCUCACUGGAUGGUUGUACGUGGCGAUGCAAUUCAUCACGAUGCCUCUCUUCAUGAUCACUGUGGCCAAUUUGUGCUGGCAGUUCUCAAAUGGUAGUUUGGGAGUUUUCUACAUUCUUGUGAACAAAUCUAUGCGAGGUGAAGUGCUCAAAUUGUUGAGGAUCUCUUCUUGUCGGAACUCCUCUAUCUACACCGCAUCCACCGAUCAAAAGAUAACCACCGCUGUGACGAAUACCGAAAAUCGA